CAAUAUGCCAAAUUCUGUUUACUAAAGAAAAAAACAUACGUGCCAUAAAUGCCAUGGGAAUGUCCGUUUUGGCCAAUCGUAUCUUCGGGGUUUACCUUUGAGAUGCACUGUCCCCUCCUAGUGCACUUACGCAUAUAAACCCACUUCUCCUAGACAACUCUCAGAAAACUUUGGAAAGGAACUUUCACCAUGCUCGACUCGUUGACAUUUAUCGUCGAGAAGCUAUCCCUUCUCUCCAACUUCAAACUUUUUGAGUUUAAAUUGACUGAUGGGAAACGCAAAGAGUCGGGAUGCCAAGAGCGAAAGACGCAUAGUCACGCGCCGUUGACUCUCCAGAGAGGGGACCUUUUGGAGGUGCCGAGAACUUUGUUCACGCACUUCGGUAUCUACUUGGGUGACAACAAAGUCGCGCACCUGAUCCCAGAUAUCAUGCCCGUGCUAACCAAUGAUAAGAUGAUCAUCAAAAAAGUUAUCACAAAUAAGAGACUCAUCAUGGGUUGCCUGUACAAGUGUGCCACGGUACGCGUGGACACCUUGGAGGACUUUGUGUAUGGCUCAAACAUAUUGGUGAAUCAUAUGGAUAGAAAAUGCAAUGCGCAACAACCGUUCCCAAAUGAAGAGGUUGCAGAAAGGGCAGAACAACUCGUCGGCACCAUCCCUUACAGUUUACUAUGGAAUAACUGUGAACAUUUUGUUACAUACUGCAGAUACGGUUCAGCGAAAAGUCAGCAAACGGAAAUGUUUUGUGAGUGCCUGAAAUCAAUCAUCCGAGACCAGAGGAGUGUCUUUCUCAGCGUUCUCCUGGGAAUGAUCUACAUCGUCUGCUUUGGCCUGGCGGCUUCAACUACGUUACCCACAAUCCUCAUCCCCUUCACUCUGUGGAUGGCCGGCUGAGCGGCCAAAGUUCAAAGCCUUCAAACAAUCCUAUGGACAUUUCAAUAGAAACUAUUUGGGAUGGUGUCUUUUCAUUGGUCCUUAUGAUGACAUUACUUGGCACCUCCCAACUCAUAUGCCUUUGGUAUAGGCCUAUAGUGGCAUAUCAUAUAAUAGGCCAUUGUUACAGCAAGCGCUACCAUUCAUUCACUUUUGAUUUGAUACUUGCCAGCCAAAAGUAAACAGAGGGCGAUGUAGUUGUAGGCCUAGCAAUUUACAUUUUAGUGUUCAUGUCAACACUUACUGUAUUGUAUGUAGGCCAUUAAGGCAUUAUAAAGGCCAUAUGAUCCCUCUGUGACCAAAGUAUCAUCCCUAUUUCCCCCCAAAAGAUUGGCUAAGGCACGUUUUCUACUUUUUAUCUUACUGUGUAAGUCAUUGUAGUCUAAUCUGUAAAUAAUUCAAUUUCUUCAAUGAUGAUACUCUUGUAUAAUUUGUAUAUAUAUACAUUCAGUUUGAAACUCUAAGAGUACUACGCUGAUUAAUACAAUACUUUUACCUAUGUGUUUUGAGAGCAGAUCAUUUCAUUUCGUACAAAUACAUUGUAAAUAUCAGAAAUGUUAAUAAAGAUAUUGGAAGUUA